UGUCUCUGAGCGUGGUUUCUGUGGCGUUUGCCGAGUGCGCUGUCUCCAUUCCGCUCUGUUGGGAAGAAGGAGGCAGAGGAGAGGCUCUGUGGGGACAGCUGGGAGCCCCGAAGGAGAAAGAGCAGCUCCGUAGUGCCUGAAGGCAGGGCUGCGACCGAGAAGAAGGGAGCUGCUGAGAAGGGUGGGCCCCUGCAAGCAGGGUCCGAGCCGCUGACAUCACGACCCGUCCCUAGGAGGGCCUGGGGCAGCCGCGCGAUGCUCACGGCCCGGUACCUUCUCCGAGCCCUGCGCUUCUGUUCCUCCGCUCCUUGCCCCCAGCACAAACCUUCAGCCAAACUGAGCGUGCGAGACGCUCUCGGGGCCCAGAACCUGAGUGGGGAGCGCGUUAAGGUCCAGGGGUGGAUUCAUUCGGUCCGAUCCCAGAAGGAAGUCUUAUUCCUGCAUGUAAAUGAUGGGUCAUCUUUGGAAAGCCUUCAGGUUGUUGCAGAUUCAAGCUUUGACAGUAGAGAAUUGGCUUUUGGGAGUUCUGUGGAAGUCCAAGGGCAGCUGGUAAAAAGUCCAUCCAGAAGGCAAAAUGUGGAACUGAAGGCAGAAAAAAUUGAAGUUAUUGGAAAUUGUGAUGCUAAGCCUUCAAGCAAAAUAAAGUUACCUGAGGAGAAUUUCUUCAAUGUUCCUGCUUUCUUAACUGUCUCAGGACAACUUCAUCUAGAAGUGAUGUCAGGAGCUUUUACUCAAGUGUUUACCUUUGGUCCAACGUUCCGAGCUGAAAAUUCUCAGACCCGAAGACACCUGGCAGAGUUUUAUAUGGUAGAAGCAGAGAUUUCUUUUGUUAAGAGCCUUCAAGAUCUCAUGCAGGUUAUGGAGGAACUCUUUAAGGCUACAACAGUGAUGGUUCUCUCAAAUUGUCCUGAAGAUGUUGAACUCUGUCACAAAUUCAUAGCGCCUGGCCAAAAGUGUAAUUGCAUUUCUUAUACCGAAGCAGUGGAGAUCUUAAAGCAAGCAUCCCAGAACUUUACCUUCACCCCAGAGUGGGGUAUUGAUCUACAAACUGAACAUGAAAAGUACCUGUUGAAGCACUGUGGCAACAUACCAGUCUUCAUCAUUAAUUAUCCGUUGGCACUCAAGCCUUUCUACAUGAGAGAUAAUGGAGAUGGCCCUCAGCACACAGUUGCUGCUGUUGAUCUUCUGGUUCCAGGGGUUGGGGAACUCUUUGGAGGAAGCCUCAGAGAGGAACGGUACCAUGUCUUAGAGCAGCGCUUGGCCAGAUCAGGACUUAAAGAAGUCUACCAAUGGUAUCUGGACCUUCGUCGAUUUGGAUCUGUGCCACAUGGAGGUUUUGGGAUGGGAUUUGAACGCUACCUGCAGUGCAUCUUGGGAGUUGAAAAUAUCAAAGAUGUUAUCCCUUUUCCAAGGUUUACUCAUUCAUGUCUUUUAUAGUAGAAGAUUGGUUAAGGAAAAGCACCCCAUUGCAGAGGCACUGCACAUGAAUAUGCAUAUAGGAGAAUGCAUGUUUGGGUUUUAGAAAUGCAGGUUUCAAUAUGUAAAUGUCGUACCAUGAGAGGUAAUAUGAAAAAUAUAAGCGAUCAUGAUUUUCUUAGAAAGUUGAGGGCAUUUCUUGAAAGUAUGAACUUCCUCAAGAAGAGGUACUUACAGCAAGUGGACUCUCAAAUCUAUUACCUCAAUUAAGAAGAAAUUGAACUAGAUGGUCUCAAAGGCCCUUUCAAACUCUAAAACAGGAUGAGAUAGUGUAUUUUACUUUGCCUUUAAUCAUUAGAUCACUUCCCUGUGUAACUUUUAAAA